AUGUCGAGUCGGCAAUUGCGAAAGCUUCAGAAGCAGCGCGAGCUGGAAGAACUUCAGGCUCAGAACCCCGUUGAUGACUUGGAGGAGAGCGAGGAAGACCUUGCGCCGGCGCCAAAGUCCAAACCAAGUGUCUUCUCUGGGUUCGCUCCCCUCGGAAGUCAAGGCGAUCAGGACGAAGAUGACGAAGACGACGAUGGCGACCCCGCCGAGCCUGUGACCGAACCCGCCGACACCCCGAGUCUGACAGACACUGUGAGGAGCUCCUCCAAGAAGAGCAAGAAGAAGAAGAAGAAGGCCAAGAAAGCUGAGGCGACACCCAAGGCGCAGACUGCCGCCCAAGAUGAGCAAGACGAGAUCGACCGAGCUCUAAAGGAGCUCAGUUUGUCCAAGAAGAUGUCUGGUACAGCAGGCGGGGACAUUGCCGAUACAUCAAGCAUCAAGGCGUAUGAACGCAUUUGUGAGCUUCUCCGCAUCAACACGUACCAUCUGAAGGUUGUCAAUGAAAUGCGCAAUCUUUUCGGUCGAGAGGCUAUCGCUGCCGCCGAGCAGGAGAACGAAGAACGCGCCCGAGCAUCGCGUCCGCGACAACCAUUGCAACAACAGGUGGACUUGGAAACCUUCCUCAAAGGGCCGCCGGGUAAGACCCUGCCAGAGGUGACGCUUCGGCGGAACCCCUUUUUGCCCGGGAAGGAUACCUGGCCUCGUGCUUCAACCGAAGGUCUUACUAUGAAGCUGGUGAAGGAUAGGCAGGUACCUGGCGUUUCCGAGUUCUCGUUCGCACAUGAUGACAACUACAAUGCUCUGGAAAGGCAAUUCUUCACGCUCGUUCAGAUGCAUGAUCCCAUGCAGCUGGUGGCUUUCUUACAACGCCAUCCAUACCACAUCUCCAGCCUCAUACAGGUCAGCAAAGUGGCCAAACAAGACCAAAAUUCGGCGCUUGCGGGCGACCUGUGCGAGCGAGCGCUGUUCACUUUUGGCCGUGUGUCGCUUUCAGCCUUCCGGCAAAAAGUAGAUGAGGGCAAGGCCAGGCUCGACUUCAGACGACCAGAGAAUCGUCAGUUUUGGCUGGCAGGAUAUCACUACCUGAAGAGCUUGGUAAUGAAGGGCACAUACCGAACUGCAUUGGAGUGGUCGAAGCUCCUGCUGAGUCUGGAUAUCGAAGACCCCUAUGGAAUAAUCCACUUCAUACACCCGAUGGCUAUUCGUGCGCACGAGUCCAAGUGGUUCAUCGACUUCUGCGACUCGGAAGCGCUAGAUAACUGUGACACGGCGGGAGACUACAUCAGGCAAACUCUGGUGCUGGCUAGACUUCAGCAGGAAGACACAGCUGGCGCCAAAGCUCUCGUGCUCGAAGGAAUGGAGCAAUUACCUUGGCUCUACAGUAGCCUCUACAAGGCGCUCAACUUGGAUGUUCCUAAGGCUAUAUGGGGAAUACAGCCGCGUGACCAGCAUGAGGAGUUCUUCACUGAGCUCUACGUGCACCAGACGAAGAGCCUAUGGGACAACGCCCAAGCUCUGGGUUUACUGAAGGGUGUAUCCGCCUCGGCCAAGAAACCCGACCUUGGGGCGUUUGCUGUGCCGCCCGUGGUUGGAAGAAACGCUGCGAGGUUCGUCUACCUGGACAACACGCCGUCGUUGAUGGGCCUGGUUCCGGACGGUCUACUGAGCACGUCGCCGAACUGGGAAUUCGACCCUCUCCCACCCCCAGAGGGCGACAACAUCUUCUCACACGAGUCGCAAAGGAUACCCUGGCAACCGAGGCAAGCUGGCUUCCAACCUGGCUUACAAGGGAUUGAUCUUCCCAACGACCCUGAGGGGCUACGUGCUGCUCUAGAACGAUUACGGCAAUUGGGAGUGCCGCGAGAAUUCGAGCAAGCUCUCCAAGAGGUACUCGACGCGACUCAAAACGGUCAGGCUGGAGAAGGACUUGAAGGGGAUGAAGAUGUUCUCUUUGGUGACGAAGAGGAUCGCGAUGAUUACGACGAGCUUGAGCGCCCUGAAGCCCCUAUUCCGCCCGUGGGCAUGGGGAACAUGUUCCAAACCUUCCUUAACCUCUUUAACCCCGGAACAACUGGCCACGGCGGUGAAGACUACGACGAUGACUUGGACUCGGAGGACCUCCCCUGGGGGACCAUGCCAGGGGCUUGGGGUGAUGAUCCAGGCGAUGAAUCGAGCGAUGUCGCGAGCGAUGAACUCCUUCCUCUCAUACCAGCGGACGGAGAUGGCGAUGGUAAUGCCACGGACGAUGAUAUGCCAGGUCUGGUCUAG